AUGGAGCAACACCUGAACUCUCUGUUCCCACCUCUCAAGUUUCCCCCAGAACUUGCUGCCCGCAUCCUGACGCACACCAGCCAUCCCGACGCCAUCUACAGACAUAACGCACGACUCAGCUUUAUAGGCAGACGUAUCCUCCAGACAUACCUCCACCUCUUCUUACACAGCUCCCCCGCGCUGCACCCAACGCAUGACUACUCCCAAAUCUCCCAGCGCGCGCUCAACACGUACGUCCUCGGAGAGCACGUCGCGCCGCUGUGGUCGUUUGGAAAAGUCAUGAAAUGGACACCGGUGGCCGGUCCCCUGCUUUCCACACCUACUGCGAGGCAAGAGGGCCCCGUUGCGGUGUUGUCUCGCCUAGGCCCAGAGGCCUCGCGGAGUGUCGGGCUGUACAAAGUACAGGGCACUGCGGUGGAGGCUCUCGUGGGGGGUGUCUUCCACCAAUUUGGUGGUUCUGUUGCGCACCGGUUGUUCCACACUCGCGUGCUCCCAAAUAUCCUUGUGCCAGGUCGACCUGAAGGUCUCCCGGACGUGUUCCAUGAACAUGUCAUGGAGGUCUGUGACAGCAUGGGCGGGCUAAAAGGCGAUCUAUUAGCUGCUGAGAGCGCCGCCUCAGAGUCAUAA